GACGGGUAUGAGGUACUGGAACUCAUAGGACGCGGGUCCUUUGGCUGUGUACGGAAAGUGCGUAGAAUAAGAGAUGGUCGGAUGCUUGUGAGAAAGGAGAUACCAUAUGGGCACAUGAACCCCAAGGAGAGAUCACAGCUGGUGGCAGAGUUCAGGAUCCUGAGUGAGCUGAACCACCCAAACAUCGUCCAGUACGUGCAACAUGCGCACAUUCCAGAACGCCACAUGCUUUACCUGUACAUGGAGUAUUGUGAUGGUGGAGACCUGUCCCGGAUCAUCAAGUCUUACAGAACUUCGAAUGAGUACCUUCCAGAGAGUAUGAUUUGGAACAUUUUCACACAGAUCCUGAUGGCCCUGUAUAGAUGUCACUACGGCACCAACUCCCCGCUGAUCACCAAUAUCUACCGGGACCUCGAGUAUCCCCAGAUUACUGAUAAUACGCGGGUGAUUAUACACAGAGAUAUUAAGCCGGAUAACAUCUUCCUUGCGAAUGGUAACUUCAAGCUGGGUGACUUUGGACUGGCAAAGUCUCUGAACAACGAGGUUGAAUUUGCUACUACCUGUGUUGGAACACCGUAUUAUAUGUCGCCAGAGGUGCUUCUCGAUAAGCCAUAUGACCCACUGUGCGAUAUAUGGUCAUUAGGCUGUGUCGUUUAUGAACUGUGUUCCUUACACCCUCCAUUCCAGGCAAAGACGCAUCUACAGCUGCAGAAGAACAUCCAGAGUGGGAUCUAUCCUACGAUCCCGUCUCAUUACUCUUCUUCGUUGAAGAAUGCCAUACACUGUUGCAUUCAAGUGGAUCUUAACAGAAGAAGUGGCACCUAUGACCUGCUACAGGACAUCCACUUCAAGAUCCAAAUGAAGGACCUGCAACUGGCAAACUAUGAGCUCAACUUGAAGGAAUUUGAACGGGAAUUGAUGAGUAAGGAACAAGAACUGAUACGUGCAAGGAAAUCUCUUAACAACGAGCUAAACUACCAAAGAGAGCUUCUAGAACAAGAAGUUGAAGAGAUUCGUAUUAACUACCAGAAUGAGUUCAACUAUGUUGUGGAGAAGGAGGUCAGAUCCCGGCUGAAACAGAUCCAGUCUGGCCAAUCGACUCCAAAGAUGAAAGAACUACCAAGCCCAGUCAAAGGGAAAGAACAU